AGCAGCGGCAUGGCCUUCCCCGUGACAAGCGGACCAUCAAUGGAGAUAUUAGGCGGCAUGUCGGGUGACAUCUUCUGGCCGGAGGAGGUGCCGCCCGUGGUGGUGGGAUCGCCGCUCUGGCGUGCCAAGCGGCCCGUCAAGUGUCCCUACGGCUAUAACUGGCUCAAUCCCUACCAGAAGGAUCAAUGCGUGCGCAUUGCCUAUAGGCCGCGACAGCAGCUGGACACAAUCCGCAAGGACUUUGGCUGGUUUCUGCCCGAUAAGAACGCGGGCAAGAGGACCACCACGGCCAGGUAUCCAAGCCACAUCAUUCCCUGGUACGACUCGCCUGAAGAAAGACCACCACCCAGCUUACCAGUAGUGCACCGUCCUGUGGUUGUCGAAGAACAGGACGAGGAGUUAACGGAGGAAGAAGCUACCGAGGAGCCCAAAGAAGGAGCACAGAACCAGAAAACAACCGCAAAGCCACCAGAAGGCGGAGAAAAGAAACCUGAAGGGGGAGACAAGAAACCUGAAGGCGAAGGCAAACCACCUGAAGGGGGAGGCAAGCCACCAGCAGAAGGAAGCAAACUACCUGGAGGCGAAGGCAAACCACCUGAAGGGGGAGGCAAGCCACCAGCAGGCGAAGAAACUCCAUCUGAAGGCGAAGGCAAUCCACCUGAAGGCGAAGAAACUCCAUCUGAAGGCGCAAGCGAGCCACCAGCAGGCGAAGAAACUCCAUCUGAAGGCGGAAGCGAGCCAACAGAAGGCGAAGAAACUCCAUCUGAAGACGGAGGGGAGCCACCAGCAGGCGAAGAAACUCCAUCUGAAGACGGAGGGGAGCCACCAGCGGGCGAAGAAACUCCAUCUGAAGACGGAGGGGAGCCACCAGCAGGCGAAGAAACUCCAUCUGAAGACGGAGGCGAGCCACCAGCAGGCGAAAAAACUCCCUCUGAAGGCACACCACCGGGUAGAACUGUUGGAGGUAACCGAAAAUCGAGCAAGCGAAAGGCAAAGCCCAAGGUGCUGCCAAAGCGAAGGCCCGCAAGGAUGGAAGCUGUGGAGGAUAACCAAGAUGAAUGGCACCCCUGGAGCUGGUCAAAGCCAAGGAGGAGCAGCAAGCAGGCAACUGAGAAGGUCGUGGGCAGCGGCGAGAUCAUCACACAAAAACCAAAGCCCACAAUCCGUAAGGCUGCCACCAAGGCCAAACCAAAGACCACAAAGCAAAAUAUUACCAACAGAAAGCCGUUGUCCUUGAGCUCCCAGAAACCAAAGACCGCCAGAAAGAAGCCAUUGAAGACUUCACAGAUCGCCGAAGAGUUUCCGCUGUGGAGUUGGAACUCGUAGAAGAAAAUCGGGGCUGGAUUGGCAUUAGAUUAGAAUUAGAGCGUGGAAAAAUACCUUAAGUAAAACUGAAAACUGUGGCCAAGACACGCUUGAUAAGAGCCCCGUGA